UCUGCUGCCGGCUGAGCGCGAGUCCGACGCCCAUCGAACCAAACUUCCGGACUUGAUCGCGCGUGUAUUCGUCUCGCGACAUCACAAAAAAAGAGCUUCCGGACGUAGGGCCUGCGGCCGCGUGGACAGGACUCAGGCGUGAGAUGUGGCCCCUCCGAGCUCUAGGCCCCUGGCGCUUGGCUCUGGCCCACCUGCGCUGGGCCGCCCGGCCGUACUCCGGUUCGCAGGGAACAGGAAGUGGUGGGGGGCCCCUGGGCGCCCCGGGCCUGCGCACCCGCCUGCUGGUGACCGGGCUCUUUGGCACGGGGCUGGCCGCGGCGUGGCUGUGGGCCCGCGCCAAGAAGGAGCAGCGGCAGCAGAGGCGGCGGAUGGAGGCCUUGCGCAGUGCGGCCGUGGGCCAGGGGGAUUUCCACCUGGUGGACCACACGGGCCGUCCACGCUGCAAGGCCGACUUUGCGGGCCAGUGGGUGCUCCUGUACUUCGGCUUCACACACUGCCCAGACAUCUGCCCCGAGGAGCUGGAGAAGCUGGCCGGGGUGGUGCGCAGGCUCGACGCUGAGCCAGGGCAGCCCGCCGUGCAGCCCCUCUUUGUCACCGUGGACCCCGAGCGGGAUGACGUGGCCGCCAUGGGGCGCUACGUGCGCGAGUUCCACCCGCGGCUGCUGGGGCUGACGGGCACCGCGGAGCAGGUGAGCGAGGCUGGCCGGGCCUAUCGGGUCUACUACAGCGCGGGGCCUCGGGACGAGGAUCAGGACUACAUAGUGGACCACUCCAUCAUCAUCUACCUGCUGAACCCCGACGGGCUUUUCACCGACUACUACAGCCGCAGCAAGACGGAGGAGCAGAUCACGGCCAGCGUGCGGCGGCACAUGGCUCGCUUCCGCAGUGCGUUCAGCUGAGUGCCCAGGCCCAGCCCACCCGGCCAUCCCCAUCUGACCUUGGCUGCUGCUUCCUUUUGCCCGCCAGGCACCAAGCACAGGCCUGCACCCUGUUCUCUGGUCGACCAGACACAUUUAUUCUAUGAUAACGAUGCUCGACACGUCGCUCAACAUGGGCGUGGGAAAUAAACAGAUUCGUUGUACAAACACAA